AAUUUUGGCGGGAAAUGCGCACAGUGUUCGUUCGGGAACGCGAAUGAGUGAUACGUUGGAGUGUUCUGAAUUCAAACUGUGGAACAACGUGGCGUCCUGCAUGGAGAAAUGGUUCGGUGAUAAGCGGCUGUGGUUAUUCGGUAACAACCUGCCUUUGCUACCGAGGAGAUCGCGCGCCAGCAGCCGCGCGAUGGAGCGAUACGAGAAGCUGGCCAAACUCGGCGAAGGCUCGUACGGUCUGGUGUACAAAUGUCGGAACAGAGACACAGGGGAAGUGGUCGCAGUCAAGAAGUUUGUGGAGAAUGAAGAUGAUCCGCUAAUUCGGAAAAUCGCUUUGCGGGAAAUUCGGAUGCUUAAGAACCUAAAGCACCCGAACCUCGUGAACCUGAUCGAAGUGUUCCGCCGCAAGCGUAAACUGCACCUCGUCUUCGAGUACUGUGACCACACUGUUCUCAACGAGCUGGAAAAACACCCCGCUGGAUGCCCAGAACUUCUCUCCAAACAAAUCAUCUGGCAGACGCUGCAAGGCGUAGCGUACUGCCACCGACACAACUGCAUCCACCGCGACGUCAAGCCGGAGAACAUUCUGCUCACCAGCGACGGCGUAGUCAAGCUGUGUGACUUCGGCUUCGCUAGGAUAAUCAGCCCCGGCGAGAGCUAUACCGACUACGUGGCUACGCGCUGGUACCGAGCCCCAGAACUACUGGUCGGCGACACACAAUACAGCGCUCCUGUGGACGUGUGGGCUAUUGGCUGCGUAUUCGCCGAGCUGCUGUCGAGCGAAGCGCUGUGGCCGGGCAAGAGUGACUUAGACCAGCUGUACCUGAUUAGGAAGACCCUGGGCGACUUGCUGCCGAGGCACAUGACUAUAUUCUCGCAGAAUACUUUCUUUCAGGGUAUGGCGCUACCAGAGCCGACUUCAUUAGAACCUCUAGAAUCUAAACUACCACAGAGAUACGCCCACAAUGAACUUGUUAUAGGCUUCUUAAAGAAAUGCCUGGACAAGGACCCGAUGAUGCGAUGGACGUGCGAGCAGCUCCUUCGGCACGCCAUUUUCGAGAAUUUCCUCUUCACCGUACCUAACUCCGAGCAAACCGACUAUGAGCGAUUGAGAAGGGCACAGGUGCAGUCAUCCCCCCUCCUCCCACAGCUGCACGUUGAGCGCCAACCACCACUCAAAGGCAAGAAAGACGACGCACGCGCCCAUCUCCCCACCAUCUGACUGCAGGGGCUGCCCGCGCUACGAAAACCGUAGCUUUGGGUACUAGGGGUUAUGUCCUGUCUCUGUCAUACGCGUGUAUAUAAAUAUUAUACUGUUGUCUCGCUCAUUGAUUGUCAGUUGUUUCUCUUCUCACAAUCUUACAUGGAAGGAAGAUGAAGCACAUUGAGUGCCAUAUGCUACGAGCGUAGCCGAUAACAUGCAAAAUGCAGCUACGAACAAAGAACUUAUCGGGUCACUGGCACUCAAUGUGUUAGUAUGAAGAAUAUCUGUCUUUAUCAUACGCGUGAUAUUAUACCGCUGUCUCGCUCAUCGAUUGUCAGUUGUUUCUACUACCACAGUAGUGGUACGUCCAUCUGACUGCAGGGGUUGCCCGCGCUACGGAAACCGUAGCUUAGGGCUAUGGGCUAUGCCCUGUCUUUAUCUUACGUGUGUAUUAUACCUGGUAUCUCGCUCAUCGAUUGUCACUUGUUCCUUCUUCGUUAGAAACAUGGUUCUAUAGGGAUUUCAGCGAGUAUUAUGGGUGGGACAGCAAUUUACUUGCGUGAGAUAGAUAGCAUUAAAAAUGAACUACACUACACUGGUAUGAUUAUCAGGAAUAGUAAGAAAAUGUAAAAAUAAUAAUUAUGUUGCAAUUAUUUAUGUUGGCAGACAAUUUAACACAUUGACUGUUUCAAACUCAACAGUCAACUUUUGAAUUAAGAUCGAGGAUUGAAGCUCAUAUUAUGUAAGGCCAUUGGUCAGUGAAUGUGUUAAAGAAAGCAACAAAUAGAAACAUCUUUAAAAAUAUAUCGGGAUUUGAUAUGUUGAGAAGUUAUGUACAUGGUGUAUGUGGCCAUAAUCUACACUAAUAAAUCAAUUUGAUCACAACAA